AUGGAGGCAGUGAAGACUCCUCGACGGAACAGUUUCUUAACUGUUGCCGUGACUUUGAACAUUUUGUUCAGUGCUGUUUCCAUCGCGUUCCUCAUUUACAAAGUUCGAGUGUUAGAGGAGCACGUUUUACAGCUUCAGGACGACCAGAGAUAUCACGCUGAGGCAACUAAAGAAAAUGAACGGGCAGAUUUAACGCAUCGAAACAAGAGAGCUGUUGAGUCUCUUGGAAUGCCAAAAAGCUGCAGCAGUUGCCACGAUGCUUGCGUUCACUUAUUUGGACUCGGAGCUUCUGCAAAGGUACUACCAUGCUCUUUCUCGCUAAGCGUAAAGUUGCAUGGUUAAUGCUAGCGUUUUCAGGGUUUCUUGCUCAAAAAAAGGUAAAAUACCUUUGAAAUUUGGAGUUUUUUCGCGAACCUAAUAAACCAUACUUUUGAGAAGACAAAUGUAUGUGAUAAAGUCUUUUUCUCGAGACCUUCAAUACAUAAUUGUUUCAUGGCAUAAAUGUCGUAACAUCGUUCUCAGCAAAUUAAUUCAUAUCUUUACGAUCAUCGAGGUCUUUACCACAUCAACGUAUUGACAGUUUUCGGUUUCUCUGCAUUUUCUUCCUGCCAUAUUUAGGUUACUACUAAAAUUAGCAAUGACACAGAUCAGGAGGUUAUCUGCUUACGAGGUGAGGGAGUAGUUAAUAUUUAAAUUAUCUUUAUUUUAUCUGUACACGGCUGAAAUUCAACAGGAAUUCAUUAGAUUCUUAAGCACUAUGAGGAUUCUUACCAUGGAAACAAUACAACUUAUUCUCAAGCAUCAUAAUGCUCACAGGGCCUGCUCUACGUAAAUGCUUCAUGAGUACGUUCGUUCAACCCUUUAACUCCAAUAGGUGACCAACAUUAAACUUCUCUCUAUGAUAUCAAGAUGUUUUCUAGCAAACGGUUUAUGAGAAUACUAAAACUUAUCAGGAAGAAGGGUUUAUCUUGAUCUUACACCAAAUUCUCGUAGCCAAGUUACAAUGAAUUGUGUAGCAGGAAGAGGAGAGAAUUAACAGUCAGAUCUUGGGAGUUAAAAGGUUAACAGAAUGUAGGAGUAAAAAUGGGUUGAACUGACCACCUGAUUUUAUCUCCAUAAUUUGGUCAUGACAAGAAUAUCAAUCGCUGGUAAUAAAACUCAAUCGUUAGCGCUAAAAUAUAAAUCGCUGGCGAUAAACUCAAUAGUCAGUGCUAAAAUUUCAACCGCUCGAGAUAAUUUUGUAUCACAAAUAGCACAAGCCUUACAGGUUUAACACUAUCUAUUGACACUAAAACCUAUGAUUGAUAUCUAGCGCUAUCGAUCUACCUAAGAACACCAGCGAUUUAUAAGUCUUACAACAGCGUUUGGUGCAAUUAGGUGCGAUUAGGGCUCAGCACUGACGAUUGACCAUUUUAGAACGGAAACUAAACUGAUUUACAAUUACGAUUUGUUGCUAGCACUUUAAAUUGAGUUGUACCAUUAACAGUUGAUAUUUAAGCACCAAUAAUUGUAUUUUAUCGUCAGCGAUUGAUAUUUUUAGCACAAAUGGCUACCAAUAUAAAACCGAAUUGAAAUGAAGUGGCCAAAAUUCGGGUCAGUUCUCCGAGACUUUAUUUGAGAACGCCUGAGCAACAUUUGGACAACGCUGUAUGACGAAAAUAUCCUAAAUGGGAAAAAAAUUGGUAUUUCGCCCCUGAAACGCGAGUUUUGUUAUCCGUGCUUUAAUGUUUGCGGUUGUAUACAUUGACAUGUGAGGAUCAUCUUGCCACGAUACACAGAUGUGGUAUAUUCUAUUUCAUUUAUUGCUUUAUUUACUUUUUGUCUGCAUCGGAGUUUCCUGAUCAUGUUGAAAAAAUUUUAUUCAGGCGCUCGUGGGCCCAAGGGCAAGGAGGGGCGAAGAGGACGACGGGGUCGCCCAGGGUACAUCGGAAAGGCAGGAAAAAAGGGCCCUCAUGGAGAACGAGGACCACCGGGACCCAGAGGGAGACCUGGGAACGCUUUUCCAGGGAAUAACUCAAAAUUUCUUGAGGAUAUUGGUAAGAAAGGAUUAGUAAUACACUUCCUCUCAUUAAUAACUACAAGGUAUGUUUGUAACGUUCCCGGCAUACUGUCUGCCAGCUGCGUAGACAGUCAAUAUCUUAGAGGGCAAGAUGCACAGAUUAAACGCAGCUGGUUCGAUUGCAACGCAGUCCAUUCUUAAUGUUGUUUUUGUCCUUUCUAAGCUUCUGUUAAAUCCGAAACUUUGAGCUGGACUCACAUGAUACAAUGAAAAUCGCGGAGAGAGUCACAAUAAGAAGGCAAUCCUUUUGCUCAUUGUAAAGUAACGAAAUUUUUAAUUUGAGGGGGAGGGGAGGGGGAUCGGAAGAUUUUGGUUGUGUCACAAUUAAAAAGCACUAUGGUAUCCUAAUGACCCUUCCUCAUUGGCAGUCAAUAGUCCUGUCUCCAUAUUAUGUUAGUAACGACUGAUCUCCCUCCAUUCCACCCGGAAGUCAUGCGAUAUCCCAAAAAUCGUCUAACCUCACCCCACUCCCCCUCACCUCAGAUAAAAUGGAGGUUAUUUGUUUCAUUAAUAUUUGCUUUCAGAUAUCCCAGGGAUUGAAAAGAAGCCACCACCCAGUUUAACGGCGAAAGAGGGACGCAAAGUCUCCUUGCCCUGUUCCCCCAAUGGUUAUCCAAAACCAGAGAUCACGUGGUACAAGGAUGGGCAAAAGAUGGACAGUAGACUUUACAACAAAGAGACGGGAGAGUUGACGUUUUCCAGUAUUCAAUUCAGCGAUCGAGGCUUGUAUAAAUGUGAAGCCAGGAAUUUCCUGGGCGUCGAGUCGGCGACUGUAAAAGUUGUUGUCGAAAGUAAGAAAGGUUUUAUUCAUGUCUUUAAAACUUGUUGCAUGUAGUGAAUGUGCUGUUAAUGAUUUACCCGAUGUCAUGGUGUCACUGAGAUACUUUUGACAAUGUAGUGACCAGGUGAUGUGAUGUUUCAUCUGCCCGUCUUACUCUUUCAGGCUAAGAUUCUGGGCUCAUUUCUCGAAAAGCAGCUGUGUGUCGAGCCCUCAUUUUCUUAAGGAAUGAACAAUAAUAAUAAUAAUAAUAAUAAUAAUAAUAAUAGUAAUAAUAGUAAUAAUAACAAAAGGUUCAAGUGUCUCGUAGUUGGAGAGAAGUUUGCUUUGGCAUAAAUGCCGUUUGUAGAAGAUGGUUAGAAAUCAGGAGAGGCAGGUAUCAGAUUUCCCUUUCCAGGUUUUCGUCUUUUGAUUCAUCACUUUAGGUUAAAAUCUAAAAUGAUUCAAAAAAACAUCUAGGGCAGUGGUUAAAAAUGCUUUAAGAGCUAAAAUUCAUUUUAAGAGGCUACAGACAAAAGUCAGGUUAAGCACUAAUCAUCAUGAUUGAAAAUCUUCAAGCUUCCAGAGCAACCAGGAAAUCAUAAACUCCUACCCGUUGCUUUUAGUAGCUGGCCAAUUUUAGCAUGUCGAAGACAUGGAAUAAACAUGAAUUAAUGGUUCGCCGUUUAGAGAUUUGCGGGUUUUCGUUUCUUCACCAGCGAGAAUAACGCUGGCACCCGGGCCAUCUACUCAAAGAUUUCUGAUCAGUAGACCCUGGUCGCUCUAGGCUUCACACAUUUAACGCAAGACCUCAAAAAAAAUUAGUAAGCUGAGUAAAUUUUUUUUCAGUUACUCCAAGAUUUGUUGAGAAGCCUGAGACCUACCACACAGCGUACGAAACAUGGGAGACGACUCUGUCAUGCAACAUCUUCGGCUUCCCCCCACCAAAGAUACAGUGGACUCGCUCAUUCAAAAAGCCAGUAACUGUUGAUCGUCACGUGGUGGCGGGUAACGAUUUGGUGAUCAAAGACAUUAGGCUGGAGGACAGAGGGCCGUUCAUGUGCCGAGGGGAAAACCACCUGGGUCAUGUAUAUGCACUUAUUGUGCUUGUUGUGAAACCCGUCGGUAAGUGGACGAAGUGUUUUAGAGAAAAACCAAUACUAACAUGGCAAAUAAAAAAACAUAAGUCAAAUGAGAUUCUGAGCAUUUUCAUUUACUGCCUAAAUCUGUGAUAAAACCCCAACGGAAAUUAUAUAUUUUUUUGCACAUUUUAGCUAGUUCAAAGGUCAAAGAAACUGUGAAGAGACAGAUACCACCGCGAUUAAACGUUUAUCAGUUAUUAUUGCGCAAAAUACUAAACCUUCUGACACCUAACACCUAACAUAAGGCGGGCGCACGAAGAGGGUUCCGUGGGUGCACACUUUAUGCAGGUUCCAUUGUACUUGCACCAAAGACUAACCCUUGCAUAUACCUCCUUACUCUGGGCACAAAAAUCUACCACCAACUUCAACUUUGUAAGCUAAAUUUGGAUUCAGGCGAUUUCCCCAUCGUUUUGAUUGUUUUUUGUCAACAGUUCCUCCAGCAAUCACCACUGCACCAUCUUCGGUUGUUAAGGUAACAAAGGUCCAUAACAGUUUUACUUUGCAGUGUGCUGCACGUGGGUCUCCUGUGCCCAGUCUAGAGUGGAGCAAAGAUGGAGUGAUUAUUUCAACCAACACCACUGUGAAAACCGAGGACGAAGUGAAAGGAAAACUUGUUAUUUCAAGUUUUGGCCCCUCUGACCAGGGGGUGUACAAGUGUUUCUUUAAAAACUUCGACAACGGUACUGCAGAGAUCAGUACCACUGUGGGUGAGUAGGUUAUCAUCUUUGAUGGUUCCUACGUGUAACCUAUAUCACCAGCCUCUGUGAAGGCAAUGAUCGUUUUUGUCUGCAAUUUUAAUCAUGUGCUCAUUCGGUCUAAAUUUCCAGAGCUUGUGGGAUGCGGCGAACCUCAUGUUCCCAUGAACGGAUACAAGGUUGGAAAGAAUUACUGGGCAGGAGAGAUGGUUAUUUUCGCCUGUGACACAGGAUACCACUUGGAAGGGCCUACAAACAGACUUUGCUUGGAAAAUGGCACCUGGAGUAACGUGGUGCCGACAUGUAAGAAAAAAAAAUUAAUUUUGCUGUAAAAGUUCGGUCGUAGGCUUAAACUAAAACGGCAUGUUUUAUUUCUUUCAUCAGGCAAUUGUUUAUGCGAUGAACCUGCUCCUCUCGAGAAUGGUUACAGAAUAGGAAAUGAAUUUUGGGAAGAAAAAAAGGUCACAUACAAGUGUAACGAAGGAUACCAUCUUCGUGGACCACACGUCAGAGUUUGCGAUAAGAAUGGAAACUGGACGGGAGAAGAUCCAACUUGUGAAGGUGAGAUUACCGGGUCAGCACAUGUAUCAACAUUGUCAGUGGUCGCCGAGAUUAUGGAGUGGCUUUGCUUAUGAAUCAGUGAACCAAAUCGUCUAUCUUUCCAUGGCACAACUGUAAAGGAAGUCAAUGCUGGCCGCUCUUAGGCAUCUGUCGGCUAAUUAGACUUCGAAGAAUCGAGUUUCAAACUUCUGGAUUUCGCGCAUGACGCACAACCACUAGGCUGUUAAGAAUUUGACUGGCUCUGCAAUUUAUUCAAUUGAAAUACACAGAUCAGAAAAACAGUUUUUCCAGUAAAUAGCACAUACAAACCUUUGAAAGACACCUAUCACUGCAAAUUCUUUCUUGACAGCUUUGGCUGUUAUUCAAUCUUGAUCCUCACCGUCCAAUCUAAAACUUUCAGGGCCAGUGUUCGAGCACUCAGAAAUCCUACUAAACAAUACAAAAUAUUGGGAGCUCCUUAAAGGGUGGCUGGGUCCUGUGUCUACAUUGCCAGCCAAGUGGAGUCUGUGCUACCGAGCUACUGAUCAUGGAUGGAGUUCAAGUACAUUCCACUCGCAGUGUAACAGCUUAGGACCUUCGGUGACGUUUAUCAGAGUUGGAGAGUACAUAUUUGGGGCAUACACCGACAGGAACUGGCGUAAGUACUGAUAUAAUCAGGACCUAACUAGAAUGUAGAAGUAGAGUGGGAAAGUACAUAUUUGGGGCAUGCACCGAUAGGAACUGGCGUAAGUAUUGAUAUAACCAGGACUUGACUAGAAUGUAGAAGUAGAGUGGGAAAGUACACAUUUGGGGCAUACACCAACCAAAACUGGCGUAAGUAAAAAAAAUCAUUUAUAAAAUUUACAGACACCGGAAGACUUGCCGUAAGAGGCUAAAAGUGAAUUUGCCUAAAGGAAUACCGUUAACCUUUAAUACCCUCAGAGUGACCGGCAUCUAAUUUCUCCUUAACAACACCCCUUAAUCAAACACAGAGUUCACGAGAAUAAAGAAAAUGAUCCCCAACUAAGAAGCUGUUGAUUGUUAAACAAAUUCUCUUUGUCAGCACUUUUGGAAAGGUAUAUAACAGUAUGGAGAAUUACGCAUGCUAAUGUUUGGGUGUAAAGGAUUGUAUGCGACUCAUACUCAUUCCAGCUUUUUUCCAUGUUUAGAUUCCGGUAGUUCUUACACAGACUCGACUUGGAGUUUCAUUUUCUCGUUUAAAAAUGGUUAUGGACUGGAACCAUUCAAGCUCCACGUGAAAAACUCUGGCAAUGCCAUGUAUGGAAAAAGCGGUUAUGGACCAACAUUCGGUGGUGGACACGACAUUUACAUCGCGAACUCUGCAGGCUCUAACACGAAUUCUUAUACCAACUUGGGUCACACGUAUGUUCCUCCGGCUGGGUACAAAUACUCUGCGAGUGACACGAGAAGCCUGUUGGCAGGCACUUACAAUUUCCAGCCCCAUGAGGUGGAAGUGUUCUAUCAGACUCACAAGAACUGAUGUUGGUUACAAAACCCGGAUGCAGUUAGCGAUUUCUCAUGACAGAUGUAAACUUUUUUCAUCAAAGGAGGUGCACCACGAUUCGAGCAUCUUAAGAACCUCACCCUAGAUCUUUAAAGUUCAUUAUUUUCAAUUUGUUUCAAUUUCGUCCCUACCCAACCAUCCCUGUCUUCUUUUGGUAUAUCUUUUCCUUAGCAAAACGCGUUAAUCUCCCGUAUUUUCAACAAGGUUUAUCUAUAGCCUCACAACUUUUCUUUGAAGGUUUCGUUCCAGUUUAAGACAAUUUCAAACAAGCAAAACACAGCUAAGAAUCUAGACAAAACCAAACAAAAGAGGCCGAGUAAAAAAAGUUUAAAAUGAAGUCCUUAACUUAGAUAGAUUGAGGAUAACUAAGGUCGAAAGUGAGUCGCUCUAGCAAUGAAGAACCGGUAACAAAUCUAAGAUAAUCCAUAAAACAUCUAGAGCCGGUAAAGACCGAGAAUGCUUCGAAAGCUACGCACAACAGUCAGGGUCAGCACUGAUUAUGAUAAUUAACAAUUUUAAAUCAGUACGGCUGUUCAGGUGUGUAUUUUUUCUUUCAACCCUUUGAUUCCUAAGAGUAACGAGCAUCUAAAUUUUCCUUAAAAUAUCAACCUUGAAUCUCACAUUACAGUCACCAGAACAUAGAAAAUGAUAGCUAAAGAAACUCUUGAUUAUCAAACUAAUUCUCCAUGUCAUAAUUUUCGGAAACCUACUGAAAACAGUUUCGAUACUGUAUGCAUAUAUCCAUACAGAUGUUAAGGUGUAAGGUUAAGCAACUAGGAAAUUAUGAACUCCAACUGACGAUUGCUAUUUUUCGUUUCCCGUUGCUUUUGGUUGCGAGCCAAUUUUAGCUUGUCGUAGACAUGGAGAAAUCAAGUUAUUGGUUUUCCGCUUAGAGCUCUGCAGGUUUUCGAUAUUUCACUAGCAAGAAUAAUGCUGGCAACAUCUAUUCAAAAAUUCGUUUCAGUAGACCCCUGGCUUGCAAGGUUAC